AUGGCUGCCUUUAUAGAAGCUAUUCUACAAACAUUCGGUAUUGAGCCAGAGUUGGAGGAUAGGAAGUCCAAAACGAAGCCAAAUGGAAAGAAGCCACCAGCAGAAGAGAAGAAACAGUACUUGGAACCAGAGUUCACAAAAGUCCGCGUGGUGGACUUCGACCUUAAGGAGUUGGUGGUGCUGCCCAGAGAGAUAGAUCUCAACGAAUGGCUAGCCAGCAACAGUGACUCUGAUCACUGCUGUGUAAUCACAUCCUGUUCUCCGUUCAUAUGUCUUAAUGUUGUUGUAAUAACAGGGAUUGUGACAUUUCCUCUGUGUUACUCUCUUUCUAGAAUAUACUACUGGUAUGACGAGAAGGGGAAGAAGACGAAGUGCACUGCUCCACAAUAUGUAGACUUUGUAAUGAGUCUUUGUCAGAAACUGGUCACAGAUGAGGAAAUCUUUCCUACAAAAUAUGGCAAAGAGUUCCCCAACUCCUUUGAGUCCUUGGUAAAGAAGAUCUGCCGGUACCUGUUCCACGUGCUGGCUCACCUCUACUGGGCGCACUUUAAAGAGACGGUAGCUCUGGAACUGCAGGGCCACUUGAACACUCUGUAUGCACAUUUCAUCGUUUUCGUAAGGGAAUUCAACCUGGUCGACCCCAAGGAGACCUGUAUCAUGGACGACCUGUCCGAAAUCCUCUGCACCCCUGCCCCGCUGCCAGCACUAACCCCGGCCCCCUCCGCCACAGCACCCUCCCCUUCUUCACAAAACCACGGGAUAUACUAA